CAGGAAAGCGAAAGCUAACUCAGCUCUACUCCCCGGAGGCACCUUGGCUGCCAUGAACCCUGCCCUGCGCCGCCAGCAUGGGGUUGUUUGUUCGAGCUGCCAGGGCCCCUAUAAGAUCCCGGUGACCUUUAAAGGGUGCAAGCACAAGUUCUGCCGCUUCUGUGUCACCCCCUUCAAGGGGGAGUCGGGCACAGCCACCUCCUGCCCCCUGUGUCACAAGGCCCCUAGGCACGGAGAGGACAAGCCCCAGGGGCAGCCAGGCAGUGGGGCAGAUGAAGCUGAAAAAAUCAGUCUGGAAGUGGGCGAAGAGCCUGAGGUGGAGCCGGAGUGCGGGGAACACCAAGCGGUUCUGGACCUGUUCUGCACAGAGGAUCAAUCCCCCAUCUGCAUGAGCUGCAGGGACUCCCAGGCUCACUGCGCUCACACUGUGGUUCCCAUUGAGGAGGCUGCCCAGGAGUACAAGAGGAAGCUGCAGACAGCAGUGGAGCUCCUGAAAAUGCAGAUGGAGGAAGCUUGGGAGCUGAAAUACCAGGAGGGAAAGAAGACAGCUGACUGGAAGGAGAGGACGCACUAUCAGAGAAUGUGCAUUGAGUUUGAAUUUGAGAAGCUGCACGAGUUCCUGAAUGAGGAAGAGGAGCAGCUGCUGCGGAAACUGAGGAAGGAGGAGAAAGAGACCCUGAAGAAGCUGCAUGGGAAUAUAAUAAAGCUCUCAGAACAGUGCUCCUCUCUGCAGAAGCUGGUCACGGAGAUAGAGGAGAAGUGUCAGCAACCAGCUGCUGCGUUGCUGAAGGAUGUGAAAGACACAUUAACCAGGAGUGAAAAUAUUCAAGUGCAGGAACCUGAAGCUGUGUUUACUGAACUGAAGAACAUAUACAACAUUCCUAACAUUGAUAUUAUUGACAUUCUAAGGAAAUUCAAAGUGGAUGUGAUUCUCGACCCAGACACGGCUCACCCCAACCUCAUCCUGUCUGAGGACAGGAGAAGCGUGACACAUGGAGGCACGCGACAGGAGCUGCCCGGCAAUCCCGAGCGAUUUGAUCCUUAUAUCAUAGUGCUGGGCUCCAGGAGGUUCACGUCAGGGAAGUGUUACUGGGAGGUGGAGGUGGGCGACAAGGUGGAGUGGGACGUGGGGGUGUGCAGAGAAUCUGUGGGCAGGAAGGGGCAGGUUAUAUUGUCUCCUAGCAACGGAUUCUGGAGAGUUUGGUUGAGGAAUGGAGAUAAGUACAAGGCCCUGAUCUCCCACCCAACCCCCCUCACUGUCAGCGUGCGGCCCAGCCGGGUGGGGAUUUUCCUAGACUACAAGGCAGGCGAGAUCUCGUUUUACAAUGUGACAGACAGGACCCAUCUGUAUUCAUACAGCGGAGCCUUCUAUGGGGUUCUGCGGCCUUUCUUCAGCCCCGGCCUCCAUCGGGGAGGUGAAAACACUGCUCCGCUGACAAUCUGCUCAAAGUCUCUGGACUAGCUCCAAUAGGAAUCAAAAACACACACAUGGAAGGAGCACCAAGUCAAAAAACUUCCCCCUCCACCAAUACCUCCCCCCACUCACAUGCUCUCCUCCUGCUGGGGCUCUGAUCUGGCUCCAUGGGGAAGAGGCCAUUGCAGUGGUGAGGAAUGCAGGAGUAGAUUUGGUCCCAUUUGGCAGGAGAUGGUGAAGUGGGAUACAGACUAUGUUGAUUACCCAAGGGAUUUCUGGGGGAGGAAAGUAGCCAUGAAAAAAUAUGUAGCAAAAUGACAACUCAUUUGGCUAACUUUUAGAAAAAGUGACUAAUAAUAAUAAUAAAAAAAAGUUGGUGAUAAUUUUACCCUCUUUUUUUAAAUCACAAGUUUUAUUCAGUGUUUUUCACCAAAAUGUUGACAUUUGAAGCAGUUUUGACCAGCUCCAUACGUGGCUGAAAAACACAGGCUGUGGGGAAUUCAGGAAAAUGUUGUCAAAUUCCCCCCUUUUUUUUUCUUAAAUCAAGCAUUUGAAUUUUUCAUUGCAGUUUCAAAAGCGGCUCUCGUGAUCAGUGAUUUCUGGGGUGCCUUAAAGCAGCCACACUGUUUUCAGAGGGAGGUUAGCUGAGCAGCCCCUUUCCUGGUGUCUGAAUUGGGGCACUCAAAACCAAAGGUACUGAAAUUUUAGGCACUGAUCCUGCAAACACUUAAACACAUGCUUAACUUUGUGCAAGUAAGUAAUGACAUUAGUGAGUCCUGCAGGUAACUUCAGUGGGACUGCUUACAUGUACAGAGUUAAAAAUCAUGCAGUUGUAGAGACAGGGACUUAGGCUGCUAAAAUUGAAUGAUAAGAUAAUGACAGUGAAUGAUGCUAGGAACACAGGGAAAAUGCCACACAAUGAACCCUAAAAUUAUUGUUUUCCUUGAUUCUGCUGCUGAAGAGACCAAAAAAAAAAAAUCCAAAAGAUCUUACAUAUGUGUAUGAAGCUACCUUUGCUUAGGAGCUGGCACAUUCCACAAGAUUUUGCAAGGGAUCUGCAGAUGUGUCUAACUUCAAAACCUAAAACUACAGCUGAUCAAAAAUAAGAGCUAUUCAAACAGUUUUCAGAAUGGAUUCCCAUUAAAUUUCAGUGGGAAUUGUGUGGCUAAAUCCCAACUGUGCUUUAAAAAAUCUCAAAUAUUGUUUUCUAGAGGUACAAGCUUGUUCAGCACUGAAACUGAAGUUUCAUCACUUAAAUUUAUUUAAAUCUUCCACCAUUUAAAACUUGCACUACUCAGGUUUCUGGAGUAACAGCAUGCUCAUUACCAGUCUGAUCCUCUGAAUCAACAGAAAGAAUGCUAUUGUCCAUCGGGUUUGGAACAGACCUCAAAACUAAUUCACCAGAGACUUGAGCAAUAAUUUUUGUGUGUGUAUACUGUAAAAAUAUUUAAAAUGACGGGUUGGCAAUAGGUAAAAUAAACCACAGUUAAGAUUGUAGUUAAAUUGUGGUUCAGUGUUGAAUUCUGUGAAAUCAAUUAAAAA